UUCGUGCGCGGUGCUCACUGAUAGAGUGAGGGAGCACGUCGAGUCCGACGAUAGCUCGCCGCAGUGAUAGGUUAUGUUCAGUACAGUAACGAUGUGAUACAGCAGAAAUGGCCAUAAUUAAAUCGAUAUUUAAUACUUUUAUAUUAUUACUAACAAUAGUGCAACUAUCGCAAUGCUUAUACGAAGACCAAAUCGGCUCGUUCGACUGGAAGAAGACGUUUAUUGGCCGGUUGCGGUUCGCAGGCUUUGAUUCUGUGAAGCGCGUUGUGAUUGCGACCGAGGAGAAUGCUCUAGCUUCGAUCAACCUCAAGAACGGUCAGAUUGUGUGGCGGCAGUUGCUGGAAUCACCCGAAACACAUCGCAUUGAAUUCCUGCAGGUCGACACCGAGGUGCUGACGGUGUCGGGCGGUAAUAAUACCUACUACAUUCGCACCUGGGACCUGAAUGCAGGCACACUUCUAUCAGAAUGGAGUUUAACCACCGAGCGCUCGAACAGCAGGUGGAUCGUAUCGAAAAAUCAGCUUAUUCAUUUAAUACCGGUGGUUAAUUCACAUCUCGAAGUCACGCUGUACGACUUGAAAACCGGACUGAACAAGGGAACAACAUCCAGGAUCUCAACACCAUGGGUAGUGGACUUGUCAAACUGUGCCAUUGCUAAUACAGUCUGGGCGUGCUUGUCGUCGACUUCCAGCAAUGCGAACUUGUAUUUUAUUGACUUGGCUGGUGACUUAUCUAAAGUAAGAAAUAAUUUAUUAAGUAACUUUAUCGGCGAUGUGAGCGGGACGGUGCAAAUCCACGAGAUCCAACAUUCCGAGCCGGCCGUGCUGAUCCGACGCAACGAUGUACACCGGCUGGUGGUGCUCGGCGCGGAACUGAAAACGUUGCCUUAUUCACUAGAAUCUAGCGUUAUUAGUGUCACCAACGGCGAUCAGAACCUGCUCAUGCAGUUUGAGUAUGAUGUUAAAACCCAGGCGAUGCAAUUGAAGGGCAUGGACAUAGACACCAACGAGAAUACCGUGACAGCAUUGGAACUAAAAAGCGAAGUUCAUCCGAAAAUGGUCACUGGGAUAUGUCGAGGAGCGAAUUGUAGAGUCCUCUUUACAACCAACGACGACACCAUUGGUCUCCUUCAGUUACCAUCGGGAAAAGUGCAAUGGCAGCGCGAGGAAGCUCUCAGCAAUGUUCUAGUCGCCGAGUUUGUUGAACUUCCCCUAUCAGAAUUGGAAGCGUCGAUUGAGCGUGAAUUCACCGAAGCUGCCAGCGAUAUCGUAAGCAUGUUUAUCAAGAGAAUCACAAGUCAAAUGCGUCAAGUAUCAACCUAUUUCGACGGCACACAAGCAAGCAGUAACAGUGGAUUGGUACGCGAUGUCUUCGGUCUGCACAAGUUGAUCAUCCUUGCAACAAGAGUCGGUAAACUCUACGCAAUCGACACGAUCACCGGUGAGAUUGUUUGGUCACAUCAUUUGGCCGGCAUCGAACCGUUCCACUCACUGGGGAGCGCCAGCGGUCUCAUGUACGUGUUGCAUCAGCAACGCACUGCGCGUUACGCACCGCACUCGGCGCAAAUGACGCUAAUUGGUAAGCUUCCGGGAAGCGACCGCGCAGUUCUAUAUUCAUUCGAUCCGAUCACUGGUAAAACUCUCCAGGAACAAACGCAAUUAAAAUAUAAACUUAAACAGGCCAUGCUGUUGCCCUACGAAGAUAAAACGCAUUUAAAAUCAAUCGUAUUACUAGCCGACAACGACGAAUUACACGUUUAUCCACCUAUUGGUAGGGAAAUGGUUGUGAAGCAUGCGGCGUCGACGUUCAUGUUUAAUGCAGACUUUGAUAAAUCGAUUCUACAAGGAUACGCCUUGCAUUAUUCCGAUGAGAAUACGUUGCGAGCGACGAGGACAUGGCAACUUAACUUAUCUGGUUCAACGCUGACGGCGAUUGCGGUGCGACCUGCGAACGAACGCGUGCAUUCACAAGGAAGGGUGCUAGCGGAUAGAUCAGUAUUCUACAAAUACGUAAAUCCGAAUUUGAUAGCUGUGGCAACUGUGGCCCCCGAUGUUAUGCAUCGACAUGUAUUGAGCGUGUAUCUUGUUGAUGGCGUUACAGGUUUGAUUACUUAUUCGGCGCAUCAUAAACGUGCCAAUGGUCCAGUGCAGAUGGUGCAUUCAGAAAACUGGCUGGUGUAUUCGUACUUCAGCGAACGUUACAGACGCUAUGAAGUCACAUCAGUGGAACUCUACGAAGGAGCACGUCAGAGCAAUAGCACUCAUUUCAGUUCGCACGCGUUGAGUCAACUUCCACAUCCAGAAACACUCUCGUACAUCUUACCUAUCAAUCCGGUGACAAUGCUAGCCACCCAAACCGAACGCGGCAUCACCAACAAACACAUUCUUAUCGGUAUGUCAUCUGGGGCUGUGUUAGAAAUGCCCUGGGCUUUCCUCGAACCGCGUGGACCACAUAUGCCCUCCAAUCCUGAGGAAGGUACCAUCCCCUACAUGCCAGAGUUGCCCGUGCAGACGGAAAACAUGAUAAACUAUAAUCAAACUUUAGGAAGGAUUACUGGUAUACAGGUGUCUCCUGCCAAGCUGGAGAGUACUAGUCUGGUGGUCGUCUGGGGAAUGGAUCUGUUCUAUACCAGGGUGACGCCGUCGAAGAGUUUCGAUGUUCUCAAGGAGGACUUUGAUCAUUGGUUGAUUGUGAUGGUCUUGGCUGCGUUGACUCUAGCAUCAUAUGUGAGCAAGAAACUGUCGAGACGCAAGGCGCUCAAGCAGAUGUGGAAGUGAGUUGCUGGAGCAGCGGCCGUCGAUACCAAAAUAAAUACAAUUAAGUCGGGAGUAUUAAUUAGUUCAAUUGUUUGUUAUUUGUUUUACGUACUUUUUUUUGUUUGAAUGUUUGUCGGGGUCUUUUGGACAUUCACACACGGUUCACUGAGAUUGAUUACAAUAAGUGCAAGAGACUAAAAAUAAUUAAGGCGCAUUUAAAUUUAAAUCAUGUACUGGUAGCGAUUGUACGUAAUUUUCGGUUUUAUUUGGAUUGUACAACAAUUGGAGUAUGUGUUUUUGUGGUGAUUUCGUACUGUUCAUAUGAAAUACACGUAAAUAAUGAUUAUAA